CUCACAACACGCAGUCUGUAAUCAGAACGUUCUAAUAAAUUUUUGACUUUGUAAAACAAUGUGAUAUUUGUUACUUUGAUAUAGGUAUUAAAAAUUGUAUAAUGUGACUUGUGAAUGACAAAUUUGACUAUUUUAAAUAAAAAAAUUAUUUGAAAAACUUUUUAUUAUUUAAUAAAAAAUUAUAUUAUUUUAAUUUUUUUAAAUUGUUAAUUUUGUUUUUAAUCUUCUAUUAAAUAUUUAAUUUAUAUUUUCAUUGCUUAAUGAGAGUUUAUAGUUAACAACCUGUUGUACAUACAAUUUUCAAUUAAUAUUAUUAAUGUGACAGAGUAUAUGUCACUUAAUGAGCAUUAUGUAUGCCUUAAUUGAAGUUAUGAGUCGUAGAACUGUUAAUUAUUGUAGACUGAUAUGUAGUAAUACAUCAAAAUUUCAAAAGAAUCGAUACCUAAGUAUGGUGCGUCCUCCUAAAGUACCACCAGCUAUUGUUGGUACAGCAGUUAGUAAAGAUGAUGCUAGAGAUUUUAUGGCAGUUUUUCCAGAUGUUGUCAGAGAUCUUACAGAUACUGGUCGUCAUUUAGACAUUCCUGAUGUAACCAAGUGGAUUACAAAAUUACUUCAAUAUAAUGUUCCUGGCGGAAAAAAAAAUCGUGGGAUGGCUUUAAUACUUUCAUAUAAAAUGCUAAUCAAAGAAAAUGAGCUAACUGAUGAAAAUAUUAAACUGUCAUUUAUUUUAGGUUGGUGUGUUGAAAUUUUACAGGCUUUUUUAUUAGUUAUGGAUGAUAUUAUGGAUAAUGCGAUUACAAGACGAGGACGUCCUUGUUGGUAUCAAAGCAAUGAAAAUGGUUUAUUAGCUAUUAAUGAUGGAAUACUUCUAGAACAAGGAUUAUACCAAAUAAUUAAAAAAUAUUUUCAUGAUAAACCGUAUUAUGUGGAUAUUUUAGAGUUAUUCCAUGAUGUUACUAUGAAAACUUCAAUGGGGCAAUGCCUUGAUAUGUUGACUGCUAAUAGUUUUAAGGUUAAUAGGUUGAAGAAAUUUACUAUGGAAAAUUACUCAUCUAUUGUAAAAUACAAGACUGCAUACUAUUCAUUUUUUUUACCCGUGUGUUUGGCCAUGCGUAUGGCCAAUAUAAAUGAUCCAGAAGUUUACAGACAAGCCAAGACAAUACUUCUUGAAAUGGGUCAUUUUUUCCAAGUUCAAGAUGAUUUUUUGGAUUGUUAUGGAGACCCUGAAGUCAUUGGAAAAAUUGGAACAGACAUAGAAGAUGGAAAGUGUUCAUGGCUUGCAGUAGUAGCUUUACAGAAAAGUAAUUCUCAACAAAAAAGAAUAAUGGAGGAAAACUAUGGAAUUAAUGAUCCUGAUAAAGUUAAAGUUAUCAAACAAUUAUACGACGAAUUAAAACUUCCUAGUACAUUUCAACUUUAUGAAGAAGAAAGUUAUAAUAUGAUAUGUACACAUAUUCAACAAGUAUCACGAGGCCUAUCCCAAGAUUUAUUUUUUAAAUUCUUGGAAAAGAUAUAUAAAAGGACUCUAUAGUACCUAAGGAUAUUUUUAUUAAAAAUGUCAAGUUUAAAAAAAACAUUAAUGGUGCCUUUAAAAAAUUUAUUUUAGUUUAAUGUUUUUAUAUAUAUAAUGUUUAAGUUUACAUCACAUUAAAUUUGUAAAAAACUUAUUUAUAGAACUAAAAUUAGUUAAAAUUUAAAUAAAUUAUAAUUAUUAUACAAAUUUAACAAGCCAAAGCUUAUUUACAAUAGGCAAAGAAAAAAUUUACAAUACAUAGAAC